AUGGCCAAAGAAAGCGACGCCCCCGCGGACCCCUUCACGCCUAGAAGGCCGCAAGAGCAGCCCCGUCGGCCUAUGUCACAUCAUCCUGAGUUCGGAAAGCCAUCUCCUAUUCGCCCAGUGCAUCAUCAGAGUCACCACUCUAGCAACCCCUUCAAUAUCCCCAAACCGAACCAGCAACGUCCGGAGCAUCACAGACAACAGCCUCGGCCGCAAAACCCUGCUCACAAUGGUGCCCCGCAAUAUCGUCCCCCCACUACUCCGGGACCUAAUUCCUUCUCAACUCCCAGAAGGGAGGCCUUUGACCCAUUCAAGCCCGUUAGGCCGUCCGCGUACAACGAAAACCGCUUCUCCCGCCCGGUCAACAGUGGAGCCGUUGAGAUUCGACGCCCAGAGAACUUCACGUUCAAUACACCCCGUGCCCCCAAGACAUUCUUCGCCUCGAAGCCCUCUGCCGUUAAGAUGUCGAAUGCGUCGAAGAACUUGAGGAACUUUGUCGACUUGACUGGUGAGGGUGGGUUCACACCAAGUGCGCGCUCUCGGGGCCCGGGAUUUGGCUCUAUGGAUGUCAACGGUUAUGUGGACACAGCCAAGGCAAAUGAAAAUAUCAAGGCUCUGUUGGAGGGUGCUUUCGAGGAUGAAGACGAGAAGCAACCCAAUGAAACUGAAUCAGAGAACGAGGAAGACGAUGAUGAAGAAGAAGAAGAAGAAGAGGAGGAAGAGGAAGAUGAUGGUACAGUAGAAGGCUUGAAGGUCAAGUUGCUCCCUCAUCAGCGAGAAGGUGUCAAUUGGAUGUGCGACAAAGAGACCGGCCGGAAGAAGACCAAGGGUGUGCUUCCCAAGGGCGGAAUAUUGGCGGACGAUAUGGGUCUUGGUAAGACUGUUCAAGCUAUUGCUCUGAUGCUAUCCAACAGAAAGCCCGCAGAUGGUCUCAGGCGGCCCUUCAAGACGACUCUGGUUGUCGCUCCUCUGGCCCUGAUCAAGCAGUGGGAGUCUGAGAUCAGCGACAAGGUUGAAAACUCGCACAGAAUGCGGGUCCUGGUGUACCAUGGAAAUGCACGGGCUAAGGGGACAGACAAGCUUGAGGACUACGAUGUGGUUAUCACCACGUAUGGUACCUUGACCUCGGAGCAUGGUGCUAAGGACAAGAACAACAAGAAAUCCCCCAUCUUCUCCGUCUACUGGUAUCGGAUCAUUCUGGACGAGGCUCACACAAUCAAGAACCGAAACGCGAAAGCAACACAAGCUGCCUACUCUCUGGAUGCAGAGUACCGCUGGUGCCUUUCGGGAACGCCAAUGCAGAAUAAUCUCGAGGAACUGCAGAGCUUGAUCAAGUUCCUCCGUAUCAAGCCCUUCAAUGAUUUGGCGGCAUGGAAAGAGCAGAUUAUGAAGCCUAUAGCAAACGGCCGUGGAGGUCUCGCUAUUGAGCGCUUGCAGAUUUACCUCAAAAUCUUCAUGAAGCGGCGCACGAAGGAUGUUCUGAAGCAGAAUGCCAAUCUUAAGCCCAGCGAGAAUGGGCAAAAGAAGUCAUCUGGCUUCCACAUCGUCAAGCGAGAGGUUAUCAAGGUCGAAGCGGACUUUAUGCCGGGCGAAAUGAACUUCUACCAGCGCCUAGAGCAGAGAACAGAAAACAGUCUCGAGAAGAUGAUGGGUGGUGAGAAGGUCGACUAUGCUGGUGCUUUGGUCCUGCUGCUGCGUCUUCGGCAAUCUUGCAAUCAUCCAGACCUUGUUAAGAGCGACCUCGCUCAGGAUAAGGACGUUCUCUUGCAGAACGGGCACUCCGGCAGCCAGAAACCCGCCAAGAAUGAUGAGCUGGACAGCAUGGCAGACCUUUUCGGGGCACUGAGUGUUGUGAGCAAGAAGUGCGACAUCUGCCAAAUGGAUCUGAAGAAAGAGGAGGCGUCUGGCGGUAAUAGCAGGUGCAAAGAAUGUGAAGUCGCUCGUCGGAGCCCUGAGGUGGAGUCUGACGAUGACGAUAUUUACUUGAAUGCCGGAGACGAUGAUAAUAAGAUCCUGCCUUCGACGAAGAUCCGGCGCCUAAUGAAAAUUCUCAGGCGCGAGUCAUCAGACCACAAAUUCAUCGUCUUCUCAGUCUUCACCUCCAUGCUUGACAAGAUCGAGCCAUUCCUGAAGCGCACAGGAAUUGGAUACGCACGAUAUGACGGAGGCAUGCGGAACGAUCAUAGAGAGGCCAGUCUCAACAAGCUACGGAACAACAGUGGCACAAGGGUCCUUCUCUGCAGUUUACGCGCUGGUGCAUUGGGACUGAAUCUGACUGCAGCAAGUCGCGUGGUCAUCUUAGAGCCUUUCUGGAAUCCUUUCGUUGAAGAGCAGGCUAUCGACCGAGUCCACCGUCUGAACCAGACAGUGGACGUCAAGAUCUACAAGAUGAUCAUCAAGGGAACCGUGGAGGAACGUAUCAUCGAUCUGCAAGAUCGCAAGCGAGAGCUGGCCAACGUGACCAUCGAAGGCAAGACUGCCGCAGCCAAGCUGACGAUGAAGGAUAUGAUGGCACUUUUUGGCAAGGAUGCCGAAGCACGUUACAACGGUGACCGCGAUCUCGACCUGAAUCAGACAACAAAGCUGCUGAAUUCCGGCGCUGACAGCAACUCGGGCUCAACAUACGCCAGUGAGACGCAGACCUCUAGCUCUCGAGAUCGAAGCCGUCAGCAGGCGAAGCGGACUUCCCGUGGCGAAGACUCGGUGUAUGGUAGGCGGUGGGCUUUGGGAGUUUAG